ACUGUAACUUUUUGGUUACUCUAUUGUCAAUUGACAUUUGUAUUUUGUCAUUGAUUUGGUUCUGGCCCAUCAGGGUUUAUUAAUGAGUGUGCUCCUUUCUAAAUAAUUAAUUUAUUUUUAUUUUUUUGUUUCAACUUAUAAUGAUUGAAGGCAAGGCAAAUGAAUUACCCGACUUUCAGGUCUUUCGAACAGUUAUAAAAUACUGUUUGUUCAUUAUCAUCGUCCCUGUGGUUUCUUUCUUCCUUGUAAAGAGUUUACUAUUCGAUGGCUUGCUACGUUUAGAGCCAAUUACAAGUAGCGUUUACUCUGCUGUCGUCGCUGUAGUUGUUCUACAUAUCACACUGGGCCUAUACAUAUACAGAGCAUAUAGUGAGGCCGAAAAAGCUCCAACUAAGCCUGUUAAAAAGGAUUAGUAACU